CACAGGUGCCGCCGCUGGACGGGAUUCUAAGAUGAAGUUAUGGGAUGUCGUGGCUGUCUGCCUGGUGUUGCUCCACACCGCGUCCGCCUUCCCGCUGCCCGCCGGUAAGAGGCUUCCCGAGGUGCCCGCCGAAGACAGCUCCCUUGGCCGCCGCCGCGCGCCCUUCUCGCUGACCAGUGACUCCAAUAUGCCUGAAGAUUAUCCUGACCAGUUUGAUGAUGUCAUGGAUUUUAUUCAAGCCACCAUUAAAAGACUGAAGAGGUCACCAGAUAAACAAGUGGCAGUGCUUCCUCGAAGAGGAGAUCGGAAUCGGCCGGGGGCAGCUGCCAGCCCAGAGAAUUCCAGAGGGAAGGGUCGCAGAGGCCAGAGGGGCAAAAAUCGGGGGUGUGUCUUAACUGCAAUACACUUAAAUGUCACUGACUUGGGUUUAGGCUACGAAACCAAGGAGGAACUGAUCUUUCGGUAUUGCAGCGGCUCCUGUGAUGCGGCUGAGACAAUGUAUGACAAAAUACUAAAAAACUUAUCUCGAAGUAGAAGACUAGUGAGUGACAAAGUAGGACAGGCAUGUUGCCGACCAGUUGCGUUUGACGACGACCUGUCGUUUUUAGAUGAUAACCUGGUUUACCAUAUUCUAAGAAAGCAUUCCGCUAAACGGUGUGGAUGCAUCUGACUCCGGUUCCAGAGACUGCUGUGUAUUGCAUUCCUGCUACAGUGCGAAGAAAGGGACCAAGGUUCCCAGGAAAUGUUUGCCCAGAAUGGAAGAUGAGGACCAAGGAGGCGGAGGCAGAGAAGGAAGAAGAGGGAGAGGAGGAAGAGAAAGAGGACGGCAUCCAUCGUGGGAGCCUGGUAGAAGAAGGCCCAGCUACAGAAAACUGGAUAGGAGUGAGAACAGCCGUCUGAGCACUCCAGGAUGGCAGGGGAUAUCACCAGAAGCUCAGGGCUGGUGUCCCUGCUUAGCUGUUGCCAGCAUUUAUCUGAUACAGUCCAUGGUCACCGAUCGCAGUCCGAGUCGCGGAUGCAUGCAAAGCACCAAGCCAGUGUAUCUCCUGUGGCUCAUUGUCACGUGUCUGAAGACACCAGGGAAAUGUGAUGACUCUGGUGUCACCUCUUGUCACUUCAUUUACUGAUGAAAGUAAGAAAGCUGUAUUUUCCUGUCACUCAAUGGAUUCACACCAUGAAAAGGAGAGGGGUGGGGGAACAAAAGCAGAGGAGCAAAGAGAUCAUAACCUUUGAAUUUGAGACCUGAGGCCUGAGGUUUACUACAUCCAGCAUUUUGGGGGAACCCUUUGUGGUUGAUUUUGAACACAGUGUAUGGGGAGGGAGAAGUUGGCUAGGAACCCAAAGGCUGUCCUCCUGCUUAAAAACAUUUCCUUGAUGCCCUUGGAAACAGGAAGCAAGCAGCAUUCUUGUAGGAGAGCGGGUGGCAAAGGCCCCCAGCUGCCCCUGGCCAGGGAGAGCCCCGGGGCCUGUUGGUUUACAGAGACUGACGUUACAUACACAGCUCCGUUUAUGCGUGGUCACCAGUGACCAGAGAAGCUACUCGAUGCAAUGCAUCUGUUUCAAAUACAGAGAUAUAGAGAAGAUAUUUAUUGAGAUUUAAGUUAUUAUUAUUUAUUACCAUUCACUAAUGAAUUUCUCUCUUCUUCCCUUAUUUAUUAAAGUCUCUUUUCAAAGGUGCCAAAGUAUAUGUGCUCACAAAAUACAAAAAAAAAAAGGUGACAAAAGGAAAUAUUAAUUGGGAACAAGGGUCCAUGCUCCAUGCUCUUCAAAGUACUGAAAGGGUUUCCCACUAGGCAAAAAUCACUUACUUUACCUUUAUAUGACAAACCUUCGCUAACUGCCCCAGAUUUCCCCCUCUUUUUUGUGUACAGGGUCUCCUGCGGCCUAGGCUGACCUUGAACUUACUGCUUGGUCAAGGAUGACAUUGGCUUUCUGAGCCUCCCACUUCCUGUGGAUCUCAGACAUCACACCCUAUCUCCAUGCUAGGGAUGGAAUUCAGGGCCUCAUCCAAGCUAGGCGACCUCACCAACUGAGCUGCACCCCAGCCUCCACUUUUUAUCCGUUAAAGGGAAAUGUCAGAAGGAGCAUCUCAGCCCCGCCCCCUCAAUGGCAGCAGUCCCAGUGCUGAUGCCACACCCAUAGCCAUCUCAUCCUUGCUCCAUCACUGAGCAGAGAGGCCCCAAGCUCCACUGUCUAUUGUGUCAAGCUCUACUUCCCUUCCACGUGUGUGACAUCAUGACCACAUAUACAGAAGGCUAAAUUCCCCUUGGUAGUCAUGGACUUACUGUCACCUAAAAGUGAAAUGAAGGACCUGCCAGGUAGCCAAGGUUUAGCUCUGCCUGGUGGCACCUCUGCCUCCAUUCUUGCCCACCUACCUCUUCCCUGAGGGCACAUAGGCAGGAGCACAUAAGGAACCUUGUAGGGAACAGCAAUCUGCCUUGUCCUUUGCUGGGGCUCAGUUGUCAUCUGGGUUCAACAUUUGCUAUCCCUUCUAACCCAAUGGGUUCUAGGAAGAAAGAUUGACAGGAAGAAGAGGUAUCCGACUGGCCACAGGACAAAUGCAGCCCACUCCCAUUGUUUAGAUGGGAGGAAGUAGAUGGUGGGAAUGGUACCUCUCACUGUCCCCAUAGUGUACCUGUCUAGCAGCUGGCAUACAAGUCAUGCCUUGAGUCCUAUGUUAGAUCUUGUUACACAUUUCAUAAAUGGAAUUUGAUGCAGAAAUUAAUGUAUCACUUCCUUCAUGGCUGCUAUCCCCCAAAGUAGGACCAAUUGGCUUAUCUCAAACAAUCAUGUCAAAAUUUCAAAGUAACCAAGAGGUAAAAGUUGCUGGGCAUCUCCUCCCCCUCCCAUGGCCCUAAAGACCCAAGUUGUGUAUGGCUUCACGCCCUCUUCAGGACAAGUGGAGGCAAGGGCUGCUCUCUCAGCCUCUCCUGCUCAAAAUGGUGACACCCCCAGUUGUCUGGCAUGACUCAGAUGUAGUUCAGCAUCCUCUAUUCAAUUCAGAGAAUCCUGGCAGAUGUGGUAGCUGAUGUUCCCUGGUCCAGACACAGGCUCCAGCUCUCAGGGGAGUCCCCUGCUCAGCAUCAUCUACACACUGCAAGCAGGUUCUAAUGGGAGCAAGCUGCUCCGCCAAGUCCACAGAAGGGUAAAGUUCGUGAUUUUUUUCUUUAUUGUUGUGAUCCACCAUCUGACACAGUAAGGAGCACACUUCUUUGGAAGUUCUGAUCUCCCUGAUCUGUCUCGGUCGUUUGUGUUAUACAACCAAAGUUCUCUACAGACUUUAUUUUUGUACAAUAUCAUUUUGUAACUUUUUACAAAUAAA